AUGCAGUAUGAUCACAGCAAAAACGUCAAGGAACACCCUGAUCCUGUACAGGCCGAUGUCAAAGGCACUCUACCUGCUUGGCUACAGGGAACACUAGUGCGCAAUGGCCCCGGGAUGUUCUCUGUGGGAGACACCACCUACAAGCACUGGUUUGACGGAAUGGCGCUGAUGCACAGCUUCACGCUAAAAAACGGCGAUGUGAUCUACAGAAGCAGAUACCUCCAUGGAGAUACCUAUAAAUCAAAUACGGAAGCCAAAAGAAUUGUGGUGUCUGAAAUGGGGACAAUGGCCUACCCAGAUCCUAGCAAAGGUAUACUCACCAAAUUGAUCACGUUUCUCUCACAUACCGUCCCGGACUUCACAGACAACUGUGCAAAUAAUAUAAUAAAAUAUGGGAAGGAUUACUAUGCCACUUCUGAAACCAACUAUAUCCGAAAAAUAGACCCAGACACUCUGGAGACACUGGACAAGGUGGAUUACCUGAAGUACUUGGCUGUGAAUCUGGUAACAUCACACCCACAUUAUGAUAAAGAGGGCAAUACAUAUAACAUGGGCACCACGAUAGCGGAGAAGGGCAAGACAAAGUAUACUUUAUUCAAGGUCCCGUCUGCUGAAGAGGGUAGUUCUAAGGAAACUCAAGCUCUGAAGAACCUGGAGGUUAUAAGCACUAUUCCAUGUCGCUCCCUGCUUAGUCCAAGCUAUUACCACAGUUUUGGCAUAACAGACAACUACUUCAUCUUCAUCGAGCAGCCCUUAAAACUGGACAUCCUGAAGAUGGCGACUGCAUAUAUGAGGGGGGUCAACUGGGCCAGCUGUCUCAAAUUCCACCCUGAAGACAAUACGCUGAUUCACCUCAUUGACAGAAAGACUGGGAAGCAGGUGGAGACUAAGUUCUUCACAAACGCCACGGUGGUGUACCAUCACGUCAAUGCAUUUGAGGAUGACGGCCAUGUGGUGUUCGAUGUCAUCGCCUACAAUGACAAUAGCCUAUAUGACAUGUUCUACCUGAGCAAACUAAAAGAGGAGUCUGAAGAAAGCAGAAAAGCUUACUCCAGACCAAAGUGCAAGAGAUUUGUCCUGCCUGUACAGACACACACGGAGGCUCUGAUUGGAGAGGAAAUGGUGAAGCUCAAGUACACAACAGCCAGUGCUGUCAAAGAGAAGGAGGGUAAAAUAUUCUGCCAGCCUGAAAUCCUUUGUGAAGGUGUGGAGCUUCCAAGAAUUAACUACAACUUCAAUGGCAAGAAGCAUGGAUAUGUCUACUGGACCAGCGCAGAAAUGUCCCCGGUUUCCUCAAAGAUAAUGAAGUUUGAUGUGGAAACAAGGAAGUCGGUAGAGUGGACAGAAGAAAACUGUUCAGUCUCUGAACCCAUUUUCAUCGCCAAUCCCAUGGCUAUUGAAGAGGAUGACGGUGUCGUUUUGGCUGCAGUCAUCAGUGCAGACCCACAGAAAUCCGACUUUCUGCUGGUUCUGGAUGCCAGGUCAUUUACGGAGAUCGCCCGGGCAUACGUGGACGUGGAUCUCCAUAUAGACAUGCACGGAUACUUCAUCCCUCAGUAUACUUAG